CGCAGGCAGCGUCAAGUCAUUGCCGACCAUGGCGGAAUGUGGUCGAGUUGACAGCAGCAGAAGUGGCCACACCAUGGACAAAAGCAUCACUCUUCCGCCCGACGAAAUAUUCCGAAAUUUGGAAAACGCAAAACGGUUCGCAAUAGACAUAGGUGGAUCUCUUACAAAGCUUGCCUACUAUUCAACUGUACAACAUAAAGUGGCCAAAGUACGAUCUUUCGAGCACAAUACAAAGGAGGCUGCCAGUGACAGGCUGUAUGAGAUAUCGGUGCAGGAAGAGGUCACCGCACGCCUUCACUUUAUCAAGUUCGAAAAUACUUACAUUGAAACAUGCUUGGACUUCAUCAAAGACCACCUGGUCAACACGGAAACCAAAGUUAUCAAAGCCACCGGUGGAGGGGCACACAAGUUCAAAGAGCUCAUCGAGAGGAAACUUGGCCUCAAAGUGGACAAAGAGGAUGAGAUGACCUGCCUUAUUAAGGGAUGUAACUUUGUGCUGAGGAACAUCCCCCACGAGGCUUUCGUUUACGCCAAGCACGCCGACUCCGAGUACCGCUUUCAGACAACUCACCCAGAUAUCUUCCCGUACCUCCUUGUAAACAUCGGCUCUGGGGUGUCCAUAGUCAAGGUUGAAUCAGAGGACAAAUUUGAGCGAAUAGGGGGGAGCUCAAUAGGUGGAGGGACGUUCUGGGGCCUUGGAGCCUUGCUCACCAAAACAAAGAGAUUUGACGAGUUGCUACAGUUGGCCUCAAAAGGGCAGCAUGCAAGUGUCGAUAUGCUUGUGAAAGAUAUCUACGGAGGAUCUUACGGGUCUUUGGGCUUGACUGGAGAUCUUAUUGCGAGCAGUUUUGGGAAGUCUGCUACUGCUGACAAAGAGUUUUCUAAAGAAGACAUGGCCAAGAGCUUACUGCAUAUGAUCAGCAACGACAUCGGGCAGCUGGCCUGUCUGUAUGCCAAGCUCCACAACCUGUCCAGGGUGUACUUUGGAGGCUUCUUCAUUCGAGGACACCCCGUCACCAUGCACACAAUCACCUACAGCAUCAACUUCUUCACAAAGGGCGAAGUUCAGGCCUUGUUCCUGAGACAUGAAGGCUAUCUCGGAGCCAUUGGAGCAUUCCUUAAAGGAGCAGAGGAAGAUAAUCCAAACCAGUACAGUUGGGGUGAGAAUUAUGCUGGAAGCUCAGGCCUGAUGAGCGUUUCUCCAGAUAUGAAUCCCAUGCAACGUGCUCGCAGUGGAACGUUUCCCUUUGACAUGUUGGAGAUGGACCGUCUGGAGAGGAAGCUGGUGAACCUGCCUCUACUGCAGGACCCUUCCUCUUACAUCCCCGACACCGUGGACCUCACAGAGGACGCUCUGGCUCGCGAGUACUGGCUCUACUGCUUCGAGGAGGCCCUAGACGGGGUGGUUAAGAGAGCGGUAGCGAGCCAGCCCGACAUACCGGAGGCGACCGAGCGAGCCGAGAAGUUCCGUCAGAAGUACAGACACAAGCUUCAGACCCUCCGCCACCAGCCGUUUGCUUAUGGAUCCCUCACUGUCAGAAGUCUUUUAGACACGAGGGAACACUGUUUAAACGAGUUCAACUUUCCUGAUCCCUACUCUAAGAUUAAACAGCGAGAGAAUGACAUCGCUCUGAAGUACUACCGCAAGGCAGUGAAGUCCCUGGAGGAGUUGAGCUGGGAGCAGAGACAGUUUGCCCUGGUCAGGGGCGUCCUGGCUGGGAAUGUCUUCGACUGGGGAGCCAAGGCUGUGUCAGAUGUCCUGGAAUCUGAUCCUGAGUUUGGGUUUGAGGAGGCUAAACGACAGUUGGAAGAGCGGCCAUGGCUCGUUGACUGCUAUGACCAGUGGCUGGAGAGACUAAAGGGUCCUCCUCAUAAGUGUGCCUUGUUUUUCGUAGAUAAUAGUGGAGUAGACAUCAUUCUAGGGGUGAUGCCUUUUGUCCGAGAGCUUCUCUCUCGAGGAACAGAGGUCGUUUUGGCCAGCAACUCGGGUCCGGCUUUGAAUGACGUAACGAAUGGCGAACUGCAAAUACUGACCGAAAGAAUCGCUGCUAUGGAUCCAGUGAUUCAGGCUGGUCUGACGGAGGACAGGUUGACAUUGGUCCAGAGUGGUUCCAGCUCUCCCUGCCUUGAUCUGAGCCGUCUGGACAAAGUGCUGGCGAUGGUGGUGCGAGAGCGGCAAACCGACCUGGUGAUCAUCGAGGGAAUGGGCCGAGCCAUUCACACCAACUACUACGCCAUGCUCAGCUGCGAGAGCCUGAAGAUGGCCGUCAUCAAGAACUCGUGGCUGGCCGACCGGCUGGGAGGGAAGCUGUUCAGCGUGGUCUUCAAGUACGAGGUGCCCGCUGGAACGCCCAGCCAGGACUCUGCGGCGCUGACGCCCUUGUGAGCGAGAGGGUGCUCGCGUUUCAGGGGGACAGAACGUCGAAGUCGAGCAACCAGAAGGGAUUAGCUGGAGCUCUGAAUGUAAGGAUGACGAUUGUAUACUGCCACUGAGUGAAUGACUGAUUGUAAAGCUGAUUGUAACAUUUUGGUAGGUUUUUAAAGGUGAUCAUUUACAGAGAGGUUUUACAUCUUAUUUUAAAAGGUUAUUGAUUUUAGUGCGGGUGUCAUAAAGAGCAUUAUCACUUCUUUCUCGCGGGUCUCUGCACAUUAUCCUGUACAAUCACUUCGUUUGUCACCGUCAUCACUACCUGUUGAUCUCAUUCAGCACCUGGAGUAUGAAAUUCGUCACUGGCUGGGUUCAGUCAAAUUUAACAGACUCUUAUGACAGAUGAGAUCUAAAGUUUGUAAGAAAAUGAAUCACAAAACAACACUUUAUUUUAAAACCCUAGAAUUGUUCAUUAACAUGCUGUCAACGCACCAAACUGUGCACCCACAUGCACAAAAGAGAGUCUUCAGCAUGUGUGCGUUUGUGUGUUACAGAGGAGGAGAGCCGCAGGAGUACUGACAGCUUUCAGUGUUAACACGUUUCAUAUAAAGUGUAUUUAAUGUGCCUUGAAGUUGAUGUGAUAACAGCACCGUUCGCCCAGACUGCUUUCUGGAGGAGGACAGUACCACACACAUAUCUGCUUUUGUUUUCCGGCAGUCUCACGCCCCUAGACUAGGAAGAAUCCAUGGGUUUCCUGUUUUUUUUAUGACUGCCAGUGAAUUAACUGAGUUUAAAAAAGGAAUCGCCGUCACUGUCACUUGUGUUAGCUGUUGAAGUGCCAUCAGGGAAAAUGUGUGAUCGGUGGGAGAAGCUGCAUUUUAUCACGGAGAGAUUAGAGAGAUCGGGUCGUGUUCCUCCACAAGGUGGCAGUAUUCUACUGAUGUAUGUUUUUAAGAAUUCUCCAAUAUUUCCCAGGGUGCUUGGUGUCAAAAAUUAACAAUGCAUAUUUCAGGUUAAAUAUUCUGUGUCUGAACAAAGCGUCACACGGAUCUUACUGUCACCGAGCUGUCCGUGGCGUCAGUCCACGGACUCACUGUAAGUAACUUGUACAACUGCACUCUGUAAUCCAUCCCUAAAUCAAAAAAUGCAACCGUUUGAAGGCAAUAAUACUGCAGCACCUAGUUGUAACAAAUAUUUAACACUGUGUGACUGUGAAGUGACUGACUGCAUAGGUGACUUCAUCGUAAAUAUCUGAAAUCAAGGCGGGAUGAGAUUUGAAAAGCCUUGCCUUGGUGUGAAAAUAUUUUCCAAAGUUACAGCUGCUUGACAUGUGGACUCAAGAAAUUGUACGUGUUAUUUGUACAUAUGUGAUAUACAAGUGUAUGUAUACAUAUAUAACUAUAUAUAUAUAUCCAUAUAUAUAUGUAUAUGUGUGUGUAUAUAUAUCUAUAUAUAUAUAUCUAUAUAGAUAUAAAAAUCCAUUUGCAUCACUUCAGUUAAGCACACCAAGCACAAUUUUGUGUAUUAUUCUCUU